GUCAUUCGACAGAAUUAAAUACCCGGAAGUGGAACAAUCUUAUCAGUUUCGUCUUAGGUUUCACCGAUUUUAGUCGUUUUCUGAUAUAACCAACGUAUUCAAUAUGUCUCUUUAUCCAUCACUCGAGGACAUGAAGGUGGAUCAGAUGGCUCAGGCCCAACACCGCCACAAUCAAGCAGCCAUUGCCCAGUCACAGAGUCAGCCCCAGCCAGGGUCCUACCCCUCUGCACCCACUGCCGUUGGUUACCCGACACAGGCAUAUUCGCAGGCACCCACUUCUAAUGUGUCAAUCUAUCCAUCCCUCAAUGACUACAUGGCAGACAUGGGUUUCAGCGCAGCUGAAAUGCAAGCUAAUUUGGCACUUGUCCCCACACCAUCAACACAGGUUGGUGUACAUCAAACUGGGAAAAGUCAAAUGCUGGUGUCGCCAGUUACUGGUAACGACAUAGGUUUACGGCGAGCUGAGGUCAAAGAUGGUGUGCGUGAGGUUGUGACUUGCAAGGAUCCACAAGGAAAAGUUGGUCUGCGUGUUCGAUCUGUUAACAAGGGUGUGUUCAUAUCGUUUGUGUUCAAAGGUUCUCCAGCAGCCAUGUCGGGACUUCGGUUUGGUGACCAGAUUCUCCAGAUCAACGGCGAGACAGUUGCCGGCUACGAUACCGACAAGACGAUGAAAAUCUUCAAGAAAUGUGACGCGCAGAGAAUAGUCCUUGCAAUCAGAGACAGGCCCUUUGAGAGAACGAUUACUCUCCAAAAAGACAGCGCUGGUUACGUUGGCUUCGUGUUCAACGAUGGUAGGAUCAAAUCAAUCGUCAAGGAUUCGUCCGCAGCCAGGAAUGGUCUCCUGAUUGAUCAUCAGCUAUUGGAGGUUGGAGGUCAGAAUGUUGUCGGACUGAAGGACAAGCAAAUUGGUGAGAUUCUGACUGCCCAAGGACGAUCUGUGACAUUGACCAUUAUUCCGUGCUUUAUCUACAACCAGAUCAUGAAGAGCAUGGGAUCAAGUCUGAAGAAGGAUAUGGACCAUAGCAUCCCCGAAUGUUAGAUGGGUUGAAAAAUCUGGAUUAUUUAUUAGGAAGUCUGUCGGCUACUAUCGGUGCCACUGCAAAGUCUAGAUUGUCUUAGAUGGCUGCUAUUCAACUCAACUUAAAACAGAUAUAGGUCUAUUCUUUUGACAGUGGUAGAAAUCCUUUACAAAACACACUGACUGAUCUGUACUUCAAUGCAGUAGUGGACAAUAUGCAUGGUAAAUGUAGUUGUUGUAUAUAUGAUAUGCUACUGGAAAUUGUGUUGAUAAGAACACAUGGCCUUCAUAUAACUCAUAAUUCCACUAUCAUGUAAUGCACACAUUGUUGAAUCUCCGAAUCAGGGCCACAACUUAAAUUGACCAAAUGUGUUCUUCAAUUUUUCAUAUAUCAAAAUGCACUCUUAGUUCUUAGCGCUGACAGGUAUUGAGAAAUUGAAAGAAAGAUGUCGUAUUAGGCCUAGAAUUGGAGAAAAUAUAUCAUAGUUGACAGCACUUUUUAAUGAGAAUCAUAUCAGAUGGACAUUUCAUUUUUAGCUCACCUCUUAGCAGAGGUGAGCUUAUCCCAUACCGUGGCGUCCGUCGUCCGUCGUCGUCGUCGUCGUCGUCGUCGUCGUCGUCCGUCGUCGUCCGUCGUCCGUUAGCAGGGCACGUUUCGUAACUGUUAGAGCUAUUGAGUUGAAACUUGGUACACAUGUACCCUUAUGUAAUGACACCUUGGAGACCAAGUUUCGGUCCGAUUCGUUUCAUGGUUUGGCCACCAGGGGGCCAAACGUUAAAAGUGAAAAUAUGCAAUAUCUCCCUUAAUAGUAGUCGGGAAAUUUUGAAAAAAAUAUGGUAGGUACUUCUAGCAAAGGUGCAUCAUAUAUCCUCCGGGUUUUUGAUUUGACCUCCUUUUCAAGGUCACAGAGGUCAAAUGGUGUAAAUUGGCCGUUAGGAUGUAACGAUGGCACGUUUCUAAACUGCAAUGACUAUUGAUACCAAAUUUGGUACACAUUUACCCCUUAGUCAGGUGAUCUCAGUGACUGAAGUUUGGUCCAAUAUGAUUCACCACUUGACCACCAGGGGGCAAAAUCCAAAAACCUUAAAAAUGUGAUUAUUCCUUAACUUCUUGCCCGAUUGCCACCAAUUUGAUAUCAUGGGUACAUCUAACCACCAUACAGUAUAUGUCACACAGGUUUUUAAUUUGACCUUCUUGUCUAGGUCACAGAGGUCAAAUGGCGUAAAUUCGCUGUCAGGCCGUAACUAUGGCACGUUUCUUAACUGCAAUGACUAUUGAUCACAAAUUAAGUACACAUGUACCCCUUGGUCAGGUGAUCUCAGGUACCGAAGUUUGGUGCGAUCUGAUUUGCCGUUUGGCCUCCAGGGAGGGGGCCAAAUCCUAAAUACUUCAAAAUGCCAUUAUUCCUAGUAAUGACUUGCCCGAUUGGCACCAAUUUUAUAUCAUAGGUACAUCUAAUUCUAACAACCAUUCAAUGUGUCACCCGGGUCUUCUUUGAUUUGACCUACUUUUCAAGGUCACAGAGGUCGAAUGUACUGUAAAUUGGCCAUUUUGGGGAAAUUGUAAUUGCUUGGACCUACAUCAAACCUAACACUACAUGACACAAUACAAUGCUCUUUAUCCAUCUUUCCUCCACAUGAGGUGAGCACAAUGGCCCUGGCCAUUUCAUUUCAUGUUUGGUGGACAAAAUUAGGGAUUUUGUAUUUCAUGGGGCGAUGCCAAGAUUUGGCAGAUAAUCUUUCUUGUAUUGACGAUUUUGUGUUAAUUCAACUCUCGUCCAGAUGAGCAGGUGGCUGCUGAUGAUAAGAUAUAAGGGCUGAAUCAAACCGUGAAUGAAUUUUCACACUCUAUAUAAUUUGCUCUUUGUAUAUUGUUGUAUAUGACCAUUGUACAUAGCCUUUGUUUUUUCGAUGGAGCUUAAAGAUACAUUUGUUAGUAAGCGGGAACAGGGAUUUGUCCCUUUGAAGGUGGCUGAUGAUAAAUAAUCAUGUGUCGAUUGGUGACAUGUUUUCCUAUUGUAUCAAGAUGUGAGAAGAGUCAAAAGUUGUGGACUUCAUAUAAAUGUCUUGUCAGAAAAAAAUCCCAGGAUAUUGGGAUGUAAUUCAUAAUUUGUUUACAGUGCCAAAACUUUGUAACAAAACAUCCAAAUAAGACAAAUGCGGCACUCAUCUCUAGUACGAGCAGUACUGAUAAGUGUCCGCAGCAGUUUAUUAGAAACGCCUGGUGUGCAGCCGAGCAACUCGAAACCCCCCCCCCCUGUAGCCGCUGUCCUUCUUGGAAUAAUCUGUAUAAAAAGUAAUUCAUUGUUGUUGAGAAUCAGUGAUGUUCGAUGAAGUGUGUGCUAAUCUGUGAUAGUGCUGAUAGAGGAACUCAGAUUGAGUUGUUCCAGGUAAAUCAUGCAGGAUUUUUCUUGAAACUCAAGGCAUUCAUGCAUUUACCUCUCUUCAGUGGACAGAGGAAGGAUGAACGAUUUGUACAUAGGGGUAAUUAGUGAUAGUAUUGUUUGGUAUUGUUUAUUUCAAAACACAAUAAACUUUCACACUGUCUUA